AAAAUGAACGCCCCUCUGUGUGACUCUGUAUCGACCAUGUUUCAUCUGACAACAGACAACCAACUGAACUCUAGCUGCAAUGGCUCCCUGCCUUCUUCUAACUGGACAGUGGGGGACGAUGCUUUGCAGCUGCCCACCUUCACAACAGCAGCUAAAGUCAGAGUGGUCAUCACCUGCAUUCUCUGUGGCAUAUCCGCCUUUUGCAACCUGGCCUUGCUGUGGGCAGUGCACAGCGACGGGAAGCGCAAAUCCCACGUCAGGGUGUUGAUAAUCAAUCUGACGGUGGCUGAUCUGCUGGUAACCUUCAUCGUGAUGCCGCUGGAUGCCGUGUGGAACAUCACAGUCCAGUGGCUGGCUGGAGACUUUGCCUGCAGGCUGCUGAUGUUUCUUAAGCUGCAGGCGAUGUACUCCUGCGCCUUUGUCACCGUGGUGAUCAGUCUGGAUAGGCAGUCAGCCAUCCUCAACCCUCUGGCUAUCAGUAAAGCCGGGAAGAGGAACAGAGUCAUGCUGACGGUGGCGUGGGGCAUGAGUGUCGUGCUUUCUGUCCCUCAGAUGUUCCUUUUUCACAACGUGACCAUCGUCCAUCCAGAGGACUUCACUCAGUGCACCACACGUGGGAGUUUCGGCACUCACUGGCAUGAAACGGCCUACAACAUGUUCACCUUCUCCUGCCUGUUCCUGCUGCCUCUGGUCAUCAUGAUCACGUGCUACACCAGGAUCUUCUGUGAGAUCUCCAAAAGACUGAAAGGGGACAACGUUCCCUCCAAUGAAGUGCGCUUGCGGUGUUCAAAGAAUAACAUCCCCAGAGCGCGGAUGAGGACUCUAAAGUUAAGUAUAGUGAUCGUCUCAUCUUUCAUUAUCUGCUGGACUCCAUACUACCUGCUGGGCCUGUGGUACUGGUUCUUCCCCAACGACCUGGAGGGGAAGAUCUCCCACUCCCUGACCCACAUCCUGUUCAUCUUCGGGCUCUUCAACGCCUGCCUGGAUCCUCUCAUCUACGGCCUGUUCACCAUUCACUUCCGAAAGGGGCUGCGGAGGUUUUACUGCAAAGCCAACGCAGCGUCCAAUCAGGACAACCCCACAGUCCUGUCUUUCACCUGCGCCGCCAACUCUCUGCCGCUAAAGAGAGACGGGAGCCCUGUGAGCCAGGAGAGGUUCAUGCUGUGUGAUGACGACCAAACUAAAGCAGAUACAACCAUCAGCAUAUUAACCCCAGACAAUGACACAGAGCGAGAUCCAAACCAGUCCAGCCCGAGAGCAUCAAAUGAGGGGAAUUUACUGUAGGAGGCUCCCUGACAAUUUCAUAAUACUUCU